AUGACAAAUAGCGGCGGGGCUAUCCCGGCGGAGAUCGUUGAACCGUCCGAUAUCGAAAUUGAUGAAAAUGAAGGACGCAUCAUUGUUCCGGACACCGGACAUAGAAUAGAUUUUGGAGAGAGAAAUGCAGGACUUCAAGUUGGCGUCAACUAUGGCAACAUAACGACCACUUUUGCUCCCUCACAAACCAACGUUGCCCUCUCGCAGACAAUUUUUGGAAACCUAUUUAUCCAGGAUUAUCAGAAAGUGGAACUCCACUUGACGAGCAAUACAUUGUUAAAGAAGGCUCGCUUGCAAACAGGAAGAAGAAACGCAAUAAACAACCGCAGCUACUAUGAACCAUAUGUAGCGGUGAAAAACAGAGCCAUUAAAAGGCGCCUUAUUUUUCUGGCUGGGCGUUUUUCUUUCCUGGAUUGCGGAUUUGCAGAGUACUUUCAGUCCGUUGUACCGUCUUUUGACCAAGAUUAUGUCCAGCAACGCCUCAAAGAGAUUCGACAAGUCAUUUCAAGAGGACAAAUCUCCAAUCCAUCCAACGUGGGAGAUUCAGAAAUAUUCUAUGUUGGGGAUUUGGGCGAGUUCUGUGAGGCUGUGUCCAAAACAUGGAGUCAUGAUUCCGAUCAGGCCGGCGCGGGAACCCCGAAAUUCAUUCCUACUCAUCGACGAGAUCAAGAGAUUUUCGAAUACCUACAGGACGCCUUUGAGACAGGUUACUGGGAGCUGAUGCUGGAUAUUUUCCUACAAUGGCGCAAGAUCUCCAAAUCCCUCAGUGGCGACGUUGUCCUUAAGGUCCUGGAUAGCCUGGAAAGGGAAAUCAGAACUGCUCGAAGUCAACUCCUUGAUGAGAUCGAAGCUCAAUCAGAGGCCUCGAUAGAUGAUCUGGCUCCAAUAUUGGAAGGAAUCGAUGCACGAAUCGCUGUUUUGAGUACCGUGGGGGACUUGAACGAGCCCCCUGUGCCAGAAAUGCAGGAGGAAAAUGUUGGACUCAUUGCCUUGAUCCUCUUAUUCCUCAUUGCAGCAAUAGUUCCGGGAUACAAAGCAUUCUCAAUAUCCAUGAAGUCUAAAGCACCAGGCUCGGUCCAAGAUGCAGAUUUCUGGUAUCUCAUUCAGAGCAGUAUCAUGUCUGUGUUGGGCAACCUAACUAUGGUUAUCCCACUAAUGAAGAAGUCAUGGUUUUCGCCGGCUUACAACACGAUGUGGAUUUUCUUCUUCUUGGGGGUGACUUUUGCAAUCAUUUCAAUUGUCAUAUACCCUUUUUUGAAUACCGGUUGGAGCUCUAUGCUGGCUUUUUUUGGUUCUAUUGCUUCCGCGGCCUCGGUGCUGGUCAUGACGCAGGCUGCCGCCAGGAACGUGCCUGGAAAAAUCAAAGAGGAUUAA